UUGUUGGCUUCCCGCCGCAACAUCAAAUAACCACAGAUAGCAUUUACUGCCCAUCCGACAUAAUCUGUGGGUUAAACAUUUCCCCCAGCCAGUUGACUGGCUUCCACCUCACUUUCAUCUUUAUUUUGCUGGCGACGUCCCACUUGAACGGUCAUGAGGCAAGGAAUCAUUAGCCAGGAGGUAAACGGUCGUCUGGAGGCAUCGGGAGCUGCGCGGGAGGAAGGACGGCGGCGCAGGGUGGCGGUAAUCGGAGCGGGUCCGGUCGGUUCCUUGGCGGCCCUGAACUUCGCCCGCAUGGGCAACCACGUGGAUCUGUACGAAUACCGGGAGGACAUUCGCCAAGCUCUGGUCGUCCAGGGCCGGAGUAUUAACUUGGCUUUGUCGCAGCGCGGACGCAAGGCUCUGGCCGCCGUGGGUCUGGAGGAGAGGGUCCUGGCCACCGCCAUUCCCAUGAGGGGUAGAAUGCUGCACGACGUGAAGGGCAACACCAGUGUGGUCCUCUACGAUCCGUGCACCAACCAAUGUCUGUACUCCGUGGGACGCCGUCAGCUGAACGAAGUUCUUUUGGAUGCCUGCGACAAGUUGCCCAACAUCCGUUGCCACUUCGAGCACAAAUUGACAAGCGCCAAUCUCCGAGAGGGAUCCUUGGAGUUCCGGGGUCCCAUGGAGGAGGUCCUGGCUGCCAGUGCUGAUCUUAUAGUGGGCUGUGACGGGGCUUUCAGUAGUGUUCGCCAGCAAUUGGUGCGUUUGCCAGGCUUUAAUUACUCCCAGGAGUACAUCGAAACAGGAUAUCUUGAGCUGUGUAUUCCCUCGAAAUCGGGAGACUUUCAGAUGCCCGCCAAUUACCUGCACAUUUGGCCGCGUAACUCGUUCAUGAUGAUCGCUCUGCCGAAUCAGGAUAAGUCCUUCACAGUCACUCUCUCGAUGCCCUUUGAGGUCUUUGCCAAAAUCAGGAACCAGAAUGAUCUGCUAGAUUUCUUCAAGCUCAACUUCCGCGAUGCGCUGCCGCUUAUUGGAGAGCAGCAGCUGAUAAAGGACUUCUUCAAAACCCGACCACAGCACUUGGUGUCCAUCAAGUGCAGGCCGUAUCACUAUGCGGACAAGGCGCUGAUCCUGGGAGACGCUGCCCAUGCCAUGGUUCCGUAUUAUGGCCAGGGAAUGAAUGCCGGAAUGGAGGAUGUCACGCUGCUCACGGGGAUCCUGGCCAAGCAGCUGCCAUUGGACGAGGCCUUGGCCCAGUUUACAGAGUCCCGCUGGCAGGACGCCUUUGCCAUUUGCGACCUGGCCAUGUACAACUAUGUAGAGAUGCGUGACUUGACCAAACGCUGGUCCUUCCGGCUUCGAAAGUGGCUGGACACCCUGCUGUUUCGUUGGUUCCCCGGCUGGAUUCCGCUCUAUAAUAGCGUAUCCUUUUCCAGCAUGCCUUAUAGCAAGUGCAUUGCCAACAGGAAGUGGCAGGAUCAGCUGCUGAAACGUGUUUCCGGCGCCACCCUACUGGCUGCAAUUCUCACCGGCGGAGCUAUUUAUGCACAGCGUUUUCUUUAAAUAAUAUUAAUUACAUUUAGGAAAUUUAUUUAAAAGUAUAAUCAGUAGAUGUUUCUUUUAUACAUGAUUAUCUUGAGUCUUCACUAAAUAUUAUAAAAUUUUACAUUUAACCCGAAAGUUUUAUGGAUCAUCAGUUAAAUAAAGCCAAAACAAAAAUGAA